AUGGAAAAGUCUUUUAAAGGAGUAUGGGAAGAAAUAUUCAAUGCAAGAGAAAACAUAUAUGUUCUGCCUAAUUCUGAUGUCAACUUGACCUGCCAAACAAAGGAGAAAGGCUUCUUGGUACAGAUGCUGUGGUCCAAGGUCAUGGAUAAAAAUGAUCUGAUUGCUGUUUAUAAUCCCCAACAUGGCAUCCACUGUACCCAGGGCUAUGCCUGUAAAUCACAGGUGACUUCCAUAGAAACUCUGAAGAAUGUAACAAAAUAGACUCUAUACUUAAAGGAUAUCUCUUCCAUCCUCAAUGGAAAAUAUAAGUUCAGCAUUACACUGUAUCCAGAAGGUAUCCAGACUAUAGUCUACAAUCUCACUUACGAAACACACCUGACCUGAUCAGAGAAUGAACACAACCACACAAUAGAAAUAGAGACAGAUUGGACUCUGGAAAUACCAUGCUUUCAAAAUACCUCCUCAGAAGUUUCACCUAGGUUCACCUUUUCAUGGUUGGUGAAGAAAGAUGGCGUCCAAGAAGUUCUCUUCACUGAUGAUCACCAUGUGAGCAAUUCCACAUCAUUUAAAGGCAGAAUCAGGCUGGGUACAGACUACGGUCUUCACCUCUUUCCAGUCUAAAUCCAAGAUGAUGGCAUGAUAUUUUCUUGCCACCUGACAGUCAGCCUUCUCAAGGCCUGGAAGACCUCCACCACAGUCAAGGGUUUUGCUAAGCUGGAAAACCUCAUGAUGGUGGAGAACACCACCCUGGAUGUCUUAGGAGAGAGAGUAUUUAUCUGCCUACUGAAGAAUGUCUUUCCUAAAGCAAAUCUCAGCUGGUUAACAGAAGGAAGGUUUCUUCAGGGUGAUGAAGAAGGUACGGAAUCUAAGCCAUGGGAAUGGGUUCGGCAACACCAAGCCUUAGAAAGCCUUGGCGCCCAAAUUGAUCUUGGCAUUUAA